AGGCUGCAGGGAUCCUGGAUCCCCUGGGAUGGGUUACAGGGAUCCUGGAUUCCCUGGAUCCCUGGGAAUGAGCUGCAGGGAUUCUGCUCCCCUGGAUCCCCUGGGAUGGGUUACAGGGAUCCUUCCCCCCUGGAUCCCCGGGGAUGGGUUACAGGGAUCCUUCCCCCCUGGAUCCCCGGGGAUGCCUGGCAGGGAUCCUGCCCUCCUGCCGCCUCCUCCAAGCCCAGAUCCCGCUCCCCCGGCUGUCUGUCCCCUGCUCCUGCUCUGGCUGCCCGCAGGUUCCUGUUCGGGGAGCGCCCGUUCUGGUGGCUGCACGAGUCGGGGCUGUCCGGCCGGGAGCAGCUGCCGCUGCGCCAGUUCCCCAUCACCUGUGAGACAGGGCCAGGGAGCCCCUCGGGCCACUGCAUGAUCCUGGGGGCGGGCCUGUGGCCGGUUGUCACCGCGCUGAGCCGGGGCGUGUCCAGGUACAGCCAGAGCCGGCUGCUGAAGCUGAUCCCGUUCCUCGUCUACGUCCUGCUGCUGGUGGCCAUGGGCGUCUCCCGGGUCUUCGUGCUGGCCCACUUCCCCCACCAGGUGGUCACCGGCUCGCUGGCAGGGAUGGCUCUGGGCUGGGGGCUGCAGCGCUGGCCCCCCAACUUCCUCAAGUGCCGCUUCUUCCUGGGGGCGGCGCUGGGGCUGCUGCUGAGCGCGCUGGCCCUGCACCGGGACCUCCAAACUGAGUAG